AAGAGGCGUGGUUUGUGUACUGUUUUCAGAUAUAGAGACCGUUGUUGGAUGUUCGAGGUUUUUUUUUUACCAACAUAGGACAAGAAAUAGGAUACAUUAUCGUUAGCGAGAGGUCGCAAGUGCUAAUUUAAUCAUCACUUAAUCAAGUCGCGUCAUUUAAACCGACGCUUAAAUCGUUUUCAGAACGUACAUUUGUUGUAGGUCAAGUAAGGGGAUGCUGCUGAAGUCGAUGUCUUGGAGCUUGACAUCAUCGCUGAAUUUUAUGUUGCGUUUAGUCGAAAUAAGAAGCUUUGCAGUAAGAGAAAACGCCUGCAGAAUAUGUCCGUCUCGACCGAGUCAUUUUCAAUUUAACUGAAUUUACAUUUGAACAACGUUUUCUAUUGUUCCGCACUGCGCGUAUACGCCAGCGCAUUUUAGCUUGUAUUGUGUUGUUGAACAACUCCGUAAACCGAGCUGUCUGUGAGACGAAUUACUAACGUAAACGUUACUCCAUUCGCCCAGAUUUGUUUUUAUUUGGAAAGUGGCAGUACAACAGUAAAGCUAUGAAGCUUUUAGAGAAUUCCCGUUUUGAGGCCUUGAGCUCCCAGCUGUGUGUUGAAACUGGAGAUGCUCACAUCCUUGGCAGGAUGGAGAGCUACUCGUGUAAGAUGGCUGGUGAUGACAAGCACAUGUUUAAGCAGUUUUGUCAGGAGGGGGAGCCACAUGUUCUUGAAGCUCUGUCACCCCCUCAGUCCAGCAGCGCUCCAAGCCCGAACCUACUGGGGAAGAGUGGGGAGGAUGGAGAAAAUCCACUGAGUGAUAAGUGUUGCAGGAAGACCUUGUUCUACCUUAUCACCACCCUGAACGAGUCGUUCCGGCCUGAUUAUGACUUCAGUGCUGCCCGUGCCCAUGAGUUCAGCCGAGAGCCCAGCGUUAACUGGGUGGUUGACUCUGUUAACAGCAGCCUUUGUUCUGCUGUGGGGGAGCAGUUUAACUCUUUAGGACCAGAACUGUGGAAUGCCAUUGAUCAAGAGAUAAACCUGCAGGGCUGUGACAUCUAUAGCUACAACCCAGACCUUGUCUCUGACCCCUUCGGUGAGGAAGGUAGCCUGUGGUCCUUCAACUACUUCUUUUACAACAAGAAGCUUAAACGCAUUGUAUUUUUCACUUGCCGCUCAGUCAGUGUCCUCAGUAGUUAUGGUUGCAGUGGCCUUGAUAAUGAGUUGGACAUGGAGCUGGAUGAUGAAGAGGAAGUGGACAGCUUCAUGGAAGACAGGUUCCCCUCAGCUCUGUGUGUCUAAACUUUCUCAGGGAUGACAACCUGCGCUUCAGCCAAAGGGCCUCACUGUUAACUUUGCACCUAAUUCCUUCUUUCCUUAUUUUAUGAAAAAAAAAAAAAAAAACUUUUUUUUUUUUUUUUUUUUUUUUAAAGUGUGUGUGUUUCAUUUACUUCACUGUGAACUGAGGAGAAGAAAUAAGCCUCUAAAGAAGAUCAUAAACUGUGGCUGAGAGGAAUUAAAGGAGAGCUGCUUGGACCAGGUUUGACAUGGACUCAUUUAAGCAUUGGCUGAGACGAACAAAAGAUCCUGGAAUCCAGCUCAUCCUAGGAGUGAAUGAAAGGCACCAGCGUUUUGACAGGGGAGAAUAUGAACACACUUUUGAAUACAAAGACUGCAUGCCUUUUGGAUUUGCCCCUCUGUUUUACUGGUUCUUCUAAUAUUUCUUGUUUUACUGUUUUUUUUUUUUUUGUUGUUGUUGUUGUUUUAUAAAGCUGUGUAAGGUGUAUCUGAAUGUUGUCAUUUAACAUGUUUUAACAAAUAUUUUGAUCAAAACCUACUUUACAGGUACUUUUCCCCCCUCUACAUAUGUUUCCUGGUAUUUAAACCAGUGAUCCUGGAAUCGCUAGCAUCGUGCUCUAACAAAUGAGCUUUAGACAUUUAGACUUAUUUUCCUAAAAUCUUUGUAUAAGAUUGAACUAUAAAGCUUUUUUGGAAACUUAAUUAUUUGAAAUUCAUUUACUUUAGUACACUGCACUGGUUUUUAUUAUUAUAUGCCUGCAGGUUUCACAUUUGCUGCAAUUUAUUUGGCUUUCUGUAAUAUGGGCUUUGCUAUGAGUUUACCAAUUUAUUUUGCUAUAGCUGAAUGGUAAACAUGCAAAUCAAAUAUUGUUUAAGCUUUCAAUGCUGGUGCACCCGAAUCUGUCCAUUUUUCAUAACAAUGUGAAUUUUUUUUUUUUUUAAAUAACCGCGCUGAAAGAAAAUGUGAAUGGGAGCUGUGUCUUGUUACCAGAUAGCAUCUGUGACAAUAAAAGUACAGGUUAAUCACCA